AAAACAGAAGAUCAUCACUUCCCAAAAUAAUAAAAACGACAGGAUCUGCCGUCUCAUAGAAAUUUAAGUUCUGGAUGAUAAAACUUUUUUGUUUUGAUAAAAAUUCACCUAUUUUGUUGAUCUCGCCUCUUAUAAAUUGGGCGAGACAACACAGGGAUUGCAGCCAAAAUAAUAUGAAACACUGACACUCGCGUGUACAAGUCUGAAGAAAGAAAGCACCGCCAUCAGCAAAAAUGGAUUGGGAGGAAGGCGUGGAUGGGAAUGAUGUUGGGAAUGCAAACGGUGGGGGUGUGAUGAGCAGUGAGCAAAUGGACGUGGAGGCAUACGCCUCUCUUUACAGUGGGAGAACGAAGAUAAUGCGGCUGAUGUUCAUAGCGGAUAGGUGUGGAAACGAGAGCAUGGGCUUGGAAGCCCUACGGAUGGCCUACCACGAGGUUAAGAAGGGCGACAAUACGGCGCUGCUGAAGGAUGUGCUGCACAAGCUCGAGACCAAUCUUGGCCCCUCUUCUCAGUUCUCCCUCGCCAAUGAGCACGACUGGAUUGACGCCGUCGAGCGCCGUGCUCAACUCCGCAAGGAAAAGCUCGACAAUGAACUCAAUGGGUAUAAGACAAAUCUAAUAAAGGAGAGCAUUCGGAUGGGAUACAAUGAUUUUGGGGACUUCUUCUAUGCGCAUGGGAUGCUGGGAGAAGCAUUCAAGAACUAUGUGAGGACUCGUGAUUACUGCACCACAUCGAAGCACAUAAUCCAGAUGUGUCUCAACGUGAUCUUGGUGAGCAUCGAGAUGGGGCAAUUCAUGCAUGUCUCUAGUUAUGUCAGUAAGGCUGAGCAGACUCAGACACAAACCCCUGACCUGCAAGACGCUCUCCUCCUUGCAAAGCUCAAAUGUGCUGCUGGACUUGCCCACCUCCAUGCCUCCAAGUACAAGCUAGCUGCUCGUAAGUUUGUGGAGACAAGCUUUGAACUUGGAAACAAUUAUACAGAGGUUAUUGCUCCACAAGAUGUUGCCACAUAUGGAGCACUCUGCGCACUUGCAUCAUUUGAUAGAUCGGAACUUAAGAAUAAAGUUAUAGACAAUAGUAAUUUCCGGAAUUUUUUGGAACUGGUGCCUGAAGUAAGGGAACUUGUUCAUGACUUCUAUUCAAGCCGAUAUGCAUCAUGCUUGGAAUAUCUCCAAAAUCUGAAAUCAAACUUGAAGCUUGAUAUACAUCUUCAUGCUCAUGUAGAAACACUAUAUGAUCAAAUUCGGCAUAAAGCACUGAUUCAAUAUACAAAUCCUUUCAUAUCAGUUGACCUUCAUACUAUGGCAAAUGCAUUCAAGACAAGUGUGGGUGGGCUUGAGAAAGAGCUUGAGGCUUUAAUUAUGGAUGAUCAGAUUCAGGCACGCAUUGAUUCACAUAACAAGAUCUUAUAUGCCCGCCAUGCCGAUCAGCGUAAUAUGACAUUUCAGCGCGUUUUGCAAACUGGAGUGGAAUUUGACAGAGAUGUUCGGGCAAUGCUUUUGCGGGCAAAUAUCUUGAGGCAUGAUUUUAUUGUAAAACACUCCAGGAAGACGUGACAGAUCAACAUGAAUGUUUUUUAAAGUGUUCAGGGUAUUUCUUGAGAUGAGGAUUAAGGAUGUUGCUCAAUCUCGAGGUUGUCAAAAUUGGAGUUUUCUGCUUGUCUUUCUUAAUUCUGGAUAUCGCUUCCAGGGAUGAUUUCAUUGUUUAAUUAAGGAUUGUGCAAGGUGUAAUGAUGUUCCAAUUAUGGUUAUCUUGCCAAUGAGAAUUAGAGCAGAAAUACUUAUUGGCAGCAUUAGAUUUUCAGUCAUUUAAGUGGAAAUAUUUUGGAUCACAUUUUUUGAUCCUUCAGAAGGAUGGUUUUAGGUAAAUUAUGUUAACAACAGACUUUCUAUAUUUAUAUUUGGAAUCAAUUUUUGUGGCAAUUAUCAAUCAA